AUGAUAAUCUAUACCCGAACCGACUUCGCCCAAGUCGGCACCACAAAUCGGGGAUGUAUGGCUGUUGUAUCAGGAGAAAAAAAGAAGAAUGUGUUGGAUAAGAUAUCGGUGGGAAGUCAGAAUGGCAGUUUGAUCACGUUGACCAGGAAGAUGAAUGAUACGGUGGUGAGUUAGGGGAACUCAGGGGGAUCUAGGAGAGCUUAGGCUACCUUAGGUAGUAGCAUGCCAUUGCUCAUAUUAACCCUUACAGAUCGACAAAAAAACCCCACCAGGUCCACCAAUCGAUGCAAUGUGUUUGGCUGGUCAACUUGGCACCACCAAGGACAAAUUAUUUGUGGCCUCCGGGAAUUCGGUGCGCGGCAUCAAUAAAAAGGGAAAAAUGUUCUACGAUUUUCCGACGGAUAUGGCCGAACCGGCUAGACGAUUGUGAGUAGUACUGUAGGGGGGAGGGCUACAGUAACCCAAGUAAUACUGUAUUUUUUUUUGCAGACAUGUUUAUGGUGUUGAAUUGGUGGUGGCCGGUCGACGAAGUUUACAUCAUUAUCAUGAUGGUGUGGAUAUGGAUGUGAGUUGGGGUACUGUAGGUACAGUAGGCUUCGAGCGGAGCGAGUGUAUGUCCCUUUAAGUCUGGGACUCCUGUAGCUCUAACCUGAGCAAUACCCCACCCUUGAUCUUCCAGCAUUUUCUGUCACCCGAAGACAUCCACGAUGUAGUGAGUCUAAUCAACGAAGAAGCAUGGGGAGAUCGAAAAUUCGCAAUGAUAAUCGGAUGUGCCGACGCAACCAUCAAAUGCAUCGAAGGCUCCGAUCUCGCAUACGAUAUCAAAUUAUCCGAUAUCCCAUUCACUCUCGCUCUUUUCAUGGGAGAUGGCGGUUAUUCAAAGCAGCUGGUAUUAUAUGGAACGCGGCACGGGAAAUUGGGUCUGGUUAGUGUUCCGAAAGGCGGUGGAAAGGUGUUAUGGGAAGUGGAGACGACUUCCCAAGCUGCGAUCACAUCGAUCAUGUGCUAUGCGAUGACUGGAUCGCAGUUUCCGGAUAUUUUGAUUGGGAAAGAGGAUGGAUGUGUUGAAGUGUAUACGGUGGAUGAGAGUGAUCAUCCGACGAUUUUUGGGAUGUUUGUGAGUGAGGGGGGGGGGGGUACCUUAACUUCCUCUUGCAGUCAUCCCACUGUGUGUUCCUGAAAGCCUAGCCUAGCCUACCUAAAAAGCCACGUGGCGUGCUUCGCAAGCCCUGUCCAUACAGUUUUUGCCGUCAAAAACUCUAUAAACAGGGCUUGCGAAGCACGCCACGUGGCUUUUUUGACUAUGAAAAACAGUGUAGCCUUAUUUACUAUCAAAAUGACCCGAAUCCCAGAUAGAUCACUAUUUUCUGCCCCCAAAAAAGCCACGUGGCGUGCUUCGCAAGCCCUGUUCAUACAGUACAUAUGCCUUAGCUUUCUCUUAAGCUACUUUAAUUGUCUGGUUACCCUAACUUCCUCUUGCAGUCAUCCGACGCCAAAAACGCCACGUGGCGUGCUUCGCAAGCCCUGCUCAGACAGUUUUUGCCAUCAAAAACUAUAUAAACAGGGCUUGCGAAGCACGCCACGUGGCUUUUUUGACUAUAAAAAACAGUGUAGGCUUAUUUUCUAUCAAACCAUGGAUAGUAAACUAUUUUUUGGCGCCAAAAUCGCCACGUGGCGUGCUUCGCAAGCCCUGUUCAUACAGUAUCCAUGAUUUCCAGCAAUGCGACGAGUCAAUAACAAGUAUAAGUUGUGGAUUUGUGUCGAGUUGGAAUGAGCCGGAUAUUGUGGUGUGCACUUAUACUGGAUGGCUUUUCACGCUGUCCAAAUCGAACAGAGCCAAGUUGGAACAAGUGCCACAAUCUGCCAAUUUUUCGGUGAAAGUUCAGCAGUUGAGGUGGGUUUGAUAUGAGCAAUGCGCUCUGCGCGAGUGUAUGUCCCUUUAGUAUAGUAGAACUAAUAUGAGCAAUCUAGCUUCCUUUAAGCUUAAUAAGGUUAAUAUGAGCAACAUAUGUCUUGAGCCUCUUCACGCCUACUGUAGAUUAUCAUGAGCAAUGUUCCUCGAGCGAGUGUAUGUCCGUAUAAAUACAGUAGCCUAUACUGAGCUAAUAUGAGCAAUGGCUCCCGAGCGGAGCGAGUGUAGACCGCAAGCUUCCGCGUCAGCGGCACUAUCUUCCGCUUCAGCGGCCACGUGGUUUACUAUGAUCCUUUCCCAUGUCAUAGUACACCACGUGGCCGCUGAAGCGGAAGACAGUGCCGCUGACGCGGAAGCUUGCGGUCUACACUCGCGCAAUGCGCUCGAGUCGAGCGGAGCGAGUGUAAACCGCAAGCUUCCGCGUUAGCGGCACUAUUUUCCGCUUCAGCGGCCACGUGAAUUACUAUUAUUGCUUGCCACGUCAUAGCAAUCCACGUGGCCGCUAAAGCGGAAGACAGUGCCGCUGACGCGGAAGCUUGCGGUCUACACUCGCGCACAGCGCUCGAGUCGAGCGCUUUGCGCGAGUGUAGACCGCAAGCUUCCGCGUCAGCGGCACUAUCUUCCGCUUCAGCGGCCACGUGGUUUACUAUGAUCCUUUCUCAUGUCAUAGUACACCACGUGGCCGCUAAAGCGGAAGACAGUGCCGCUGACGCGGAAGCUUGCGGUCUACACUCGCGCUCUGCGCUCUGCGCGAGUGUAUGUCCCUUUAAAUUAUGGCUACUGUAGCUAGGCAAGAGCAAUCAAUCUUGAAGUAUGUAACUUCCUGCUAAUAUGAGCAACCCCAAUUUUUCGUUCAGAUCAGAAGUUGAAGAACUCGAAUCAAAAGUGAUGGAGGAACGUCAGAGAUACGAAGAAAUGACGAAAAAAGUUGGAAACGGUCCCGGAGUCGCGUUCAUUCCUCAAUUCCAAAUUCACGACAGUUUCGAAUUCAUCGCCGAACUCGGAUGCUAUAAUCUAACCAUCGAAUUGGUUCUUCCCAUUGAUUUCAUCAUGGUACAAUCGGAGAUUCCGCUCAAACUAAUCGAAGUCGAAAAAAACGCGUCAGUUGUGAGUGAGGUCCGCCAAAGCGAUCUGAAUCCGUGGCCCCUUUUAGCCUCCUACAGAUGUCAGGCCAAUAUUUGUCGACUGGAGUUGAGAGUGCGCUCGAAUGA